AGAAUUCUCUCCUUGUCAUUUUAACUAAAAUUUCUACACAACAUAAGAACAUAAUAACUGUACAUGUACAAAUGAGCCAUAUUUUGUAAAGCACCAAAUGCUAUAAAUCUAAUUUUAUUAUUAGUAGUAUUAUUAUCAUCAUCAUUGUUAUUAUAAAAUAAGGACAGGUUAGAAUAAAUUAGGUUAUGUUAGAGCAGGACAGAUUAGAGAAUAAGAAAUGAGUCAAGAAGAAAAGAAAAAGAUACAAAUGAAAAAUUAAUCUAAAUAAUAAUAAUGUAAUUAAUGUAGCAUGUAGUCAAGUGUGGCUCCAUCAGGUGUAUUAAUGGAUCGCCACUUGGAACGAGCUCCACGUAGGCAUAAUAUGGAUGCUCUAAUAAUAGCAAAUGACAGUCUAGUUCUUAACCAGCAUACCACUUCACUAUAAGGUUUAUUCCAUUUCGAUGACAGUCCGUCUCCAAUUCUCUUCACAAAACAUGAGGAAGCACAGUGAUACAGAGAGUGGUAGCAUAGCUCCUUUCUCAAGCACAGCUCCUAGCAACACUCGCGGUACAUCAAAAUCACAAUCAGGAGCUUCACAGAAAUCACCUUUAGAACAACUAUCAUCUUCAUCAACUAGUAAGAGAACUAAAGCCAGUCACAGAGGAGGAGGAGGAGGAGGAGGAGUAGAUGAGCAUAAGAAAGGGAAGGGUAAGAGUAGGGGAAGUGGUGAGACUGUUAUACCAGAGAAGGAUCAGAACCAAAUAACAAGUGCUUUAACAAAGUCUAAAACUGAAGGGGCUGAUAAAUUUUGGGCUUUACUGGAACCAUACUUUGCUGACAUAACAGAGAAUGAUUUGCAUAAUCUUCAAGCACAAGAUAUUAAUUUUGACAAGAGUUUAUUUGAGAUACCCAGUCAAGGCAUGGGCAGCACUACAGUCAGCAGUGGCUGAUAGAGGAGCUGAAUGAAGAAGGAACAGAGACUGCUAGACUCCACUCUGGACUAACUAAAGACCUACAAGAUGA